GCUGCGUUUCGUACCCGGGUUUCAGGGUAGGGGUGGAGGGCGUGACGUGGCCGUUGAGCCCUGAGAACUCCUAACACUGAGCUCGAGAAAUAAUGUCCGGCUUUCCUAACACCGCGGUGCUGGGCUGUGGCGGGGGCGCCGGAAAAGCUAGCUGCCCUACACGGAAGUAGAUAAAAUGCACUUCAAAGAAUGGGGCCGAGGCGGCCUUUGUGCACUGACUUUAGAAAUGCCACAUAGACACAAUCGACGCUCUACAGUAAUCCUCCGUGAGCCUGAAGAAGGAUGCCCCCUGCAGGGUGGGGUGGCUUUAUGAAAUCCAGCAAACUUGCUGUCAGUUGACAGUUUGAGGGACCUCAUAGAUUACAAAUAAAAGUUAAGUCCAAGCGAGUGUUGCAUUUUUCUGUGGCUUUUAGCACAUGACCUCAAGCACACCUAGGGUGUGUAUGUAAGAUCCUUCGAUUGUUUAAACAAAAGUUGCUGUCUCUUGUGGUCUGUUCCAGGAAUGUGUUUCUGAUCUUCUGAAUUUCAACCAUGUUGUCAAAGUGCUUGCAACAUUUUCUAAAAGCCCAUCCGUAUCCAGCAUCAUAUUGUUGGUUAAUAAGCAAGCACAAGUUUUCUGGAAGUGUGCCAGCAGCCGGGUCGCGCAGGCGAGUUGUCAUCACAGGCAUUGGACUAGUGACACCACUUGGCGUUGGGGCUCAACUAGUUUGGGAUCGGCUUCUCCGAGGAGAAAGUGGAAUUGUUUCUGUAGUUGGUGAUGAGUACAAGAGUAUUCCUUGCAGAGUAGCUGCUUAUGUACCAAGAGGUUCAGAUAAAGGUCAGUUUAAUGAACAAAACUUUGUGUCCAAAUCAGAUGCCAAGUCCAUGUCCUCUCCCACCAUCAUGGCGGUCGGAGCAGCAGAGUUGGCCCUGAAAGACUCCGGCUGGUAUCCGAAACUAGAAGCAGAUCAGGUGGCUACUGGCGUUGCCAUUGGCAUGGGCAUGGUUCCUCUGGAAGUUGUUUCUGAAACUGCUUUAAUGUUUCAAACCAAAGGUUAUAAUAAAGUAAGCCCAUUCUUUGUCCCUAAGAUUCUAAUCAAUAUGGCUGCAGGCCAGGUCAGCAUUCGCUACAAACUCAAGGGCCCCAAUCACUCAGUGUCCACAGCCUGUACCACGGGUGCACAUGCUGUGGGAGACUCUUUUAGACUCAUAGCCCACGGUGAUGCAGAUGUGAUGGUGGCUGGAGGCACAGAGUCUUGUAUUAGUCCGUUAUCUCUCGCUGGGUUUUCCAGAGCCCGGGCUCUAAGCACGAACCCAGAUCCUAAGCUGGCCUGCCGACCAUUUCAUCCAGAAAGAGAUGGUUUUGUCAUGGGUGAGGGAGCUGCUGUACUGGUGCUAGAAGAACAUGAACAUGCUGUUCAGAGAGGAGCCCGGAUCUACGCAGAAGUUUUGGGUUAUGGACUCUCAGGUGAUGCUGGUCACAUAACUGCCCCCGAUCCUGAAGGAGAAGGUGCUUUAAGAUGCAUGGCUGCUGCUGUAAAAGAUGCAGGCGUAUCACCUGAUCAGAUAUCCUAUGUCAACGCACAUGCCACCUCCACACCACUGGGUGAUGCUGCUGAGAACAGAGCCAUCAAGAGGCUCUUUAGGGACCAUGCUCGUGCCCUCGCCAUAUCCUCCACAAAGGGAGCCACGGGGCAUCUUCUGGGAGCUGCAGGGGCAGUGGAGGCAGCUUUUACCGCACUGGCUUGUUACCAUCAGAAACUACCGCCAACUUUAAACCUGGAUUGUACAGAGCCAGAAUUUGAUCUCAAUUAUGUUCCACUGGAGGCACAGGAAUGGAAAACCGAGGGUCGAUGUAUUGGACUCACCAAUUCCUUCGGGUUUGGUGGUACUAAUGCGACACUUUGUAUUGCUGGCAUGUAAGCUUUGGCUUUCAAUAGUCAUAAAUGUAUAAAUAGUAUGCACAUAAAUAUGUCUUAUCAAUGCCCAGAUGA